AUGACAACUGAUUCCCAAGUCGCCUCCGAACGUCAAAAACGCCGAAGGAAGUUUACCCCAGAAGAAGAUCAGAAGCUUAUUUCAUAUGUUCAAUUCUUUGGAGAGAAAUGGGCAAUCAUUUCCAAGUUAAUGGAAACAAGAACAUGCAAGCAAUGCAGAGAAAGAUAUCGCGAAUAUCUUAAUCCAAACAUUACUAAUCUUGCAUGGACUCCAGAAGAAGAUAAUCUUCUUAUUCAGUUAUACACAACAAGAGGUUCAAAGUGGGCAGAAUUCUCCAAGAUAUUACGCGGAAGGAGUGAUGGCAACAUAAAGAACAGAUGGUACAUAUACCUCAAAAACAAGGUCAAUCUUCCUUCUCCGCCUCCAUCAUCUGAAGUUUCUGAAGCUCAUUCCCCCGAAGAAAUAACUGAAGUGAUCACAGCAUUUGAACCUCCUUUAUUUGAUUUCCAAUUCACUGAAGAGUUUGAUGCUUUUAACAGAAUUUCAUAUUGA